AUGGCAAGCUCACUACGCUUUGACUACCCCUCCCCGCUCGCCGGUUACGAAGACGCACCGCCAUUACCCGAAGAGCGGGCUGAGGAUGGCAAGAGUUACCGCAACCCACAAACCGGCAUCCUCAGCAGUGCAUACGACACGUUUACCGAACCCCUCGACAAUGGCCGGAGGGGCGGGUUCGACGUGCACAUUUACUACUUCCAAACCAAUCCCGAGCAAUCCCAAUACGCCCGCCAGCUCUGGGAGCGCAUCCGCCGCGAGUUCCCCGAGCUACGCAUAUACACAUUCUGGGACCGGCCCGUAGGGCCCCACCCAGUCGCCAUGUUCGAGGUGAACCUGUUUACGCCCGCCCAGUUCGGCGCAUUCAUCCCCUGGCUGGCUGUAUGGCGAGGCCCGCUCUCGGUGCUCAUCCACCCCAACACCACCGAGACGGACGUGCCCGAGGCGGAGAGGGAGCUGAGGAACCAUACCCAGAGGGCCAUCUGGAUGGGCGAGAGGCUGUCGCUGGAUGUGGCGAGGUUUCGGGCGCUGCCAGGCUCUAACGUCAGCCAGGGUGCGGGGAGUGGGGAGAAGGCAGCGUCUUGA